AAGCCCUCAAGUCACUUCAUGGCUGCAGAUGGGCUCCUGAUGCUCAGUUUGAGCAAAGCAUCUCUGCAGCGACGAGUUGGAGAGGAGCUGCCCCACGCUCGGCUGUGGCACCGCAGGCAGAGGAACUGCUGAGCUGUGGCAGCUUUGCCUUGGAAAACGCACAAGCUCCUUGAGUGUUUUGGGCUUUUCUACAGUAAGUUGCUCAUGGAGAAAUUUUAGAUCCUCCUGGGGAAGAGAAUAAAAAAAAAAACCCGAACGAAUCAUUUCCAAGAGGAAGUCCAGUGUCCAGACAAACCCGGCUCUAACGAUGCUUCGUUUCCUGCUGCUGGCGGUGCAAGGAGGUCUGGAGCAGUGAGGAGGUCGAGGCUUGAAAGAAGACAAAAGUCCAGCUGGCUCCACUGAAGAUGAGCGAGAUGAAGAUGUUACUUCUGCUUUUGAUGUCCACUGUGAACGUCAGCGCCGUGCUGGAAAAGGGUCUGCCGAGACGGGAACCACGGCGCCUCUCGUGUGUGCGGUGCUGUGGGCCAUCAGAGCAGCCCAUCUCCAUCAUCUCCUCGCGAUACACAAGGAUGAGCAGUGACCCUGCCUAUUCGGUACCCAAAGUCCAGCCCACUAUAGAUAUCACCAUCCUCAAAGGUGAGAAAGGUGAAAUGGGAGAGAAAGGGUACCCUGGACCAGUUGGAAAGGAAGGAGAAAGAGGGCUACGUGGCUUUAAUGGACGGAAGGGACAGAAAGGCCAGCCUGGCCCGCAAGGCCAUUCCUGCAAGCAGCUCUAUGCUGCUUUCUCGGUGGGUCGGAGAAAACCCCUUCAUAGCUCGGACUACUUCCAGCACGUCACUUUUGACACUGAGUUUGUGAACCUCUACAAGCACUUCAACAUGUUCUCGGGGAAGUUCUUCUGCUAUGUGGCAGGAAUCUACUACUUCAGCCUCAACGUCCACACCUGGAACUUCAAAGAGACCUACCUGCACUUGAUGAAGAAUGAGAAAGAGGUAGCCAUCCUCUAUGCCCAGCCCAGUGAUCGGAGCAUCAUGCAGAGCCAGAGCCUGAUGCUGGACCUGCAGGAAGGAGAGGAGGUCUGGGUAAGGAUGUUCAAGCGGGAGCGAGAAAAUGCCAUUUAUAGUGAGGAGUCUGAUGUUUACAUCAUCUUCAAUGGCCAUUUAAUCAAGCCAGCCAUAGAGUAGCCAUUCAUCAGCUUUAGGCUCAAAGCUUUGGUAGAUACAUUAGUGUCUUCCCUCUUAGAAAUGCAUAUGUCUAGCUCCACUAGGAAGGAUUACAGGCCUCCAGGCCUGCUGACAGGGUUGUCUGUCCAUGCCAAGGACACCUGUGUGGAUGGAGGUGACUGUGCUUCAAGGUGAUGCAAGCUACACAAGUACUGAGAAGGCUUCAGCCCUUAGGUGCCCUGGAGAAGAACACAAAAGGCCCCAGUUUUGCAGCCACAUAUAGAUCCCCAGUAACAUCUCUGAAGAGCUUACCAGUUGGUAGCAAAAAUCUAACCUCUUUGCUUUGCUUUAGAGAAGAUGUUUUAAUUGUAUCUAAGGGUCAUCUUCAGCUACCAGUGACCUGGGUGCUAGUUAAGGAAUGUCAUUACUCCUACAACAACGCUUGGCAAUCUUUGCAGUGUGCAGUGCUGCUAAUAAGAGCCCACACUCUCCAGCACCUACACCAGGUCUGCUCCACUCAGGUAGGCAAGAACGCACCAGUCUUAAGAACAAUAUUUUGCACAGUACAUUUACCCUAAAUUACGUUUUUGUUCCAUUUCAUGUAAUAUAACAUUCUGAGAGCAAAAUGUUAGAGUUAGAUAAAUAGCAGCACAUCAAUCCGCCAAAGCUUUUCCAGAGGCACAGAGUUUUAAGUACAGCUGUAGCCAUGUGCCUUAACUUCACGAGACUCCUGUACUGCUAGCAAUACUUAUCACAUAAGAACAUCCAACAUGGCUGGGAAUGCGUGUGUUUCCAAUUUUAAGGAAAAUGGUGGGUCCUGCCAUAGGGUCCCAUUUCAGAGUGCUCAUUGCUGAGCUGGAAUUUGAGGCCAUGCUCACAUCUGAAAAUUACCAUCCUAUAGCGCCCUCAUUUCUGGAAAAUGGAGAAGAAAACUGGAAAGAAAAAAGGUGUUUUACUACAUGCGGUGAUAUUUUAGGGGAUUUGGUUUCUUUUUCCUAAAGUAUUACUGACACAACAGUGGAAAGGUACAAACAGCAGGAAGAAACAUCAUUUUUCCCAGUUCCUUCUUGCCCAUUCCCCCAGUAUCUUGUUUGCAUCCUGAGCCAUUUGUAUGAAGGCUACAUGUAAAGUUCUUGCUUGGCAAACUGCUUCAGUGCUGUA